UUCAGAUUCACGGCAUGGUACGUGUUGUAAUGAAACCUCUGAUCUCUAAAAUACCGUUAGUCGGAGGACUACAGAUCUUCUUUUUGAACAACCCCUCAAUCGACUUCAAUCUCGUUGGCGCAGCUGACAUACUAGAUAUGCCAGGCUUUAGUGACAUCCUUCGUCGAUGCAUCGUGGAGCAAGUGUCGAAAAUGAUGGUGCUGCCUAACAAGCUUUCGAUCAAACUAAGCGAUGAGAUUCCAACGGUUGAUCUGCGCAUGCCCGAGCCGGAGGGUGUACUUCGCAUACAUUUGGUUCAAGCUCAGAAUCUCAUGAAGAAAGAUGUUUCUAUGCUAGGAAAAGGCAAGUCAGAUCCGUAUGCAGUUAUAACUGUGGGCGCCCAGCAAUGGAAAACGAAGCACAUUGAUAACAACGUGAACCCGCGAUGGGACUUCUGGUGUGAGGCGAUAAUAAGUUCAAAGAAGAGUCAAUCGCUGCAGUGUGAGCUGUGGGACUGGGACCCUGGGAUGGGCAUUCAGAACGAUGAUUACCUCGGCAGGUGUUCAUUGGACAUAUCUCAAGUUGUUCGAUUUGGCCGCUUGGACACUUGGCAGACCUUGCAACAAGCGAAGCACGGUAAAGUCCAACUGAGAUUAUCUUGGCAUCGUUUAUCCACGGAUGUGACUGAAUUAAGUCGAGCACUGACAGAAACUCUCCUUAUCAAGACGGGAGAUUUGAGCUCAGCAGUACUCUCUGUUUACAUAGACUCGUGUAAGAAGCUGCCGAACGCCCGUGUGCAAUCCCGUCCGGAUCCUUACCUGAUGGUGACGGUUGGCAAAAAAACCGAAAACACCGCCGUGCAACUGCGAACCGACGAUCCCGUGUAUGAGAUCGGAUAUUCUUUCCUCGUCCAGAACCCUGAAAUCGACACGCUUGACGUCAAGGUUCUCGACCAGAAAACUGGAAGCCAACUCGGUCAAUUGUUCUAUAGCAUCUCCGCUUUGCUUAAAGAAAAAGAUCUGACGAUGCUGACUCAGCCGCUGAUGUUGCAGAAAUCUGGGCCCGAGUCCAAAAUCAUACUGUCCUUACAAUUGAGGAUUCUCAAAGAAGCCAUAAAAGAGGUCGAUAUUGACGAAGAGAGUUUGGAAGCGGCGGUCUCGGAGCCGAGCCCCCCCACCCCGAGCCCCUCCGUGUCGUCGGCGGCCACCGACACCACGGACGGCGGCGCCUCGCACCCGCGCCCGCAGUCCGCCGCGCCCGCCGACCCGCUGCCUGCACAACCUGCUUCAUCAGGUGAUACUGAAUUAAAGAAUAUUGAAGAUUCUGUACAAGACGACGCCUCGCAGAGAUCCGUGCCAGAGGAAAUAAUUGAUAAAGAAGUCGAUUCUCCUCAAGAGAACCAACCUCCAUCUGGACGCGACUCUCCAAAACUCAUCCACAGGACUUCGUCAUUAACUACUUCCGCUGGGGAAGCCGGUCUGGGCCGCAUAUUACUCUCUCUGCGCUAUAGUAUGCAGAAUCAAACAUUAUAUAUUGUUGUUCACAAGAUAAUGAAUAUUCCGCUGAAAGAUCCUACAAAUGUGCCCGAUCCGUACGUUAAAUUGUAUCUACUGCCGGGUAGAACUAAAGAUUCAAAACGCAAGACAGUGGUGGUAAAAGACAGCUGUAUGCCGGAAUAUGACGAACAAUUCGAAUGGGUGAUUCCAUUAGCUGAGCUUCACUCCAGGCAAGUCGAAGUCACUGUUGCCACCCACAAGGGAUUCCUGGCUGGCAGUCCGGUCAUUGGACAGGUUGUAGUCCAUCUAAAUCAGUACGAUUUCCGUGAAGCUAAAACCCUGUGGUUCGAUCUUAUGCCUGAAACAUCCCCUAGAGACUAAGAGAUGCAAUUUCGAUGUUUGAUGUACUUAUGAAUCUAUUAAAUAUUAAUAACACUACACGAAUAUAAUGUAAUAAGUACUAUUGUAACUUCAACUGGGAUCUGACGUGCAAAUCAGUUUCUAUAUAUUGAUCUGAAUAUGUUAUAACUUUAAUGGCUUUAAACGAUUCACUCAUAAAACUCUCAAACGCUAAUAAAAGAACGAAAAUUGGGUCAUUAUGCGAUGUAAAAAAAAAAUUGUGGGCUUAUGGCCCAAUCGUAAGUUUAUAAUAAUAAUUAUAAAACAUGCUUUGCCAUAUCUAACUAGCCUGCAAGCUUAUAAAGCUUUUUAAAAUUCAAGUAAUGGAAGCAUAAUGAUUACAAUCACGUAAUAUUAUGAUAAUUGUCACAACCAACCCAGAAUCCAUUUACUGUUAAAACUGAAAAAAAUUAUGAAAUUUAAUAAAACCACAAAAAUAACUAAUUAUGAUAAAUUUUAUGUGUUUCCGAAUUCAAACUUCAUAUAAUGAAUUUGUAGAAUUUUAUUUUCUGUGUUACUAUUACGUAUUUUGUCAUUGUUAAAGCAUUAAAAUGUUUAAGAUUUGUUAAAAAUUUAGUAAAUGUGGUAAAUGCACUUUUUUUAUUUAAUCAACAUAAAAGUAAAAUAAGCAAAAAAGCUGAUGAAAAUACUAGUUGUAUGAGCAUUAUUAUUUCUUAUGCAUUUAUUUUUUGCUAUAUACUUUAUACGCUUUAAAUGUUUAC